AUGAAGUGGCCAGGCACAGGCGGUGAAGAAGAGGCCGGAGAAGGAGGUUUGCAAACAGCGCGUGUGGCCCAAAACCGCGGCCAAGAAGACUGUGCCGCACAUUAUGUUUUCCAGCGUGAAAACCAAGAAGGAGAGUUAUCCUUAGCUUCUAAACAGCGUUGGGGGGUUGGCGAUGAUAACAUUGCAGAGAAUCAAGAUAAAUGGAAACACCCAGUUCCAAUGGCGAUGAAUAAUUUGCAACAGCAAGCCCAGAUGGUACCCCUAAAGAAUGCACAAGUUAACCCUCAGCAGUAUAUGAACCAAAAUAUUGCAUCAUCAGUGGGUCCUUUAGCUAUAAACCCAUCAGUUAUCGGUAGUCAUCCCCAUUUGACAACAAACAUGGUUCACACUCAAAUGGCACCUUUGCAAAACCAUGCCCUGGGAAAUAGUUUAAUUCAAAAUAGUGCGAUGAUGCUGCCUCCUCUGCAAGGUAUGCAAAAUGCUCCACAAUUGGGACAACAAGGAAUGUAUGAGCUUCAUCAGCAUCAUGGCAAUCCCAUGCAAGCAAUGAAUGGAAUAGGGAAAAGCGCAGAACACAUGAUGUACAUAAGUCAGGCAGGAAUGUUAGCCCCAGGGACUAGCCAAUUUCUGCAACAGGGACAAAAUCAACUGGGACUUGCGCCUAUACCAGCUGUUAGGAAUCAGGAUAUGGGUCCCGACAUGAUCGCUCCCUCCGCAAAAAAGUUAUGGGAUAAAGGUCCCGGCGCGGGAGGGGACAGCAAAGGCCCUCCACAGUUACCACCUUUGCAAUUAAAUCCUGAACAAAUGUGGCGCGAUUCUACUUGGUCUGCGCAGGUGGAACACAAUGUGGGUGUGCCGAUGAUGGGAACACGCCGUGGUGUAGCCUUCCCUGGUGGAGACGCGGGCAACAUUCUGUCUCCGCGAGACACAGCCGGUCUUGGAGUCAAGAUGGUGGAGUAUGUGUUGGGCGGAUCUCCCACAGAAGCUGGUGGGAUCGCUUCAGGCGGAGGCAACGAAAAAGUCGGCGAUCUGCACGAACUUCACGAACACGGGUCUCUGCCAAACGGGCUUCACAACGGACAAGAAGACGACAAAGCUUUUAACCGCACGCCGGGCUCGCGACAGCCGUCUCCAGCUGAAGAAGAGGGUGGUAUGGGCGUGGGCGUCAACCAGGGCGGCGUGGGUGUGGGCGUACGCAACGGCGAGGCCGCCGCUUUUCCACUUUUGCCCCCGCACGCGCUUCCCGCGCAUCAACCUCAGCCGCUGCACCAUCUUCCGCACUUGCAGCACCCGCAGCAUCACCCAGGAAUGUUGGGAGUGGCUCCAUUGCAGGGUCUGCCGCAUCCACAGCACCCACAAAUACAUCCAGGCAUGACCUUGAACGACUCCAUGAAUCAACACAUCGAGCUUGUACUGCAAAUGGAACAGCACCCGCAGUUCGACAACAACAGCUUCGCUAAUUCACAACAGUAUGCCGGAGGCGUUGGUGUCGGUGGAGUCGGCGGUGGAGUGGGAGGCGGCGGCAACGGCGUCGGUGGUGGUGCUCUCGUCAACGGAGCCUCAGUGGGUCCUGCGCCCGCGCCUGAUACCACGCAGCACCAUCAGCCUUUUGACGUCCAGGUUUGUACUUGUGUGUUAAGACUCCGUUCAGAUGUUCUAGCGCGUACGCUGAGAUCUGAUAUCAAAUGUGUAACAUGCUUCGGGGUAUAA